AAAUUCAGCGGACAGCCCACAUUGCCGCCAUCUUUGAUUUGCAUCAUCAUGCGACGUAGAGGUGUUGCCCUAACCAAGGUUUUCUGGCAAAUUAAGCCACUCUAAUGGAAAGCUGUGUUUUUUCCUCAAUGUUCUUUAUCUGCUAGCGCCUCGCCUAGAUUCCCUCGUCGACAAGAGCCAUCAUGAAAGCCGACAGCCACCAAACCCGAAGGUUCAUCUUCUAUGCACUGGGCAUCUUCACCACCUACUUCUACUUCGGGAUUUUACUGGAAAAAGUCACAAGAGCGAAAUACGAAAUUGAGACAGUCGAUAGCGAGGGCAAUAGAGAGAUCAGCACGCAGAGAUUUCCAUUUGCCAUUACACUGGUAUGCACGCAAUGCUUCAUAAACUACGUGGUAGCCAGAGCGGCUCUCUACAUCUGGCCGCAGAGCGCGGACCAAACCUCCAAGCUGUACUAUUCCAGUGUAUCUGUAACGUACCUGUUGGCCAUGUUGGCCUCCAAUAUGGCCCUCCAGUGGGUUCCCUACCCGACCCAAGUGGUUGGCAAGUCGGCCAAGCCAAUCCCAGUGCUGGUUCUGGGGGUUCUGGUUGGCAGGAAAAGCUACACGCUCAAAAAGUACCUAUUCGUCUUCAUUAUAGUACUGGGCGUUGUCUUGUUCAUGCUCAAAGACAAUGUGGCAUCCUCAACAGCCGAAGACUCGGGCUUCGGAGUCGGCGAAUUGCUACUCAUCCUCUCUUUGGUGAUGGAUGGACUCACCGGGGCUAUUCAGGAACGAAUCAGAGCGGAAUCGAAACCGACGGGACUGCAAAUGAUGCUGAUGCAAAACGGCUGGUCCAGUCUCUACCUCAUAGCGGUGAUGCUAAUCACAGGAGAAUCCGUCGCAUUUCUCCAAUAUGCCAAAGAAAAUGUCUCGAUAUGUAGCGCGCUGCUCUUCAUCGGCCUGGCCUCGGCUCUGGGGCAGCUUUUCAUCUUUUCCAUGGUGUCCGAGUUCGGGCCGCUAGUUCUGUCCAUUGUAACCACAACUCGCAAGUUUUUCACCGUGCUCGGCUCAGUGGUGUUUUUCGGCAACACGCUCACAGAGCGACAGUGGAUCGGCGCUUUCCUGGUCUUUUUCGGACUCUUCCUUGACGCAUAUUAUGCCAAAGGCCGCCCGAAGAAGGAAAAAGACGUGGUUAAAUAAGAAGCAAGCAGCCGGAAACCAUGGGGCGAACAAUUUAUCAGACGCUGUGCUGUUCAGUUGACCGAUAUCAACUACCUACUUCCUUUAUGUAAAACAACUGUAUUUCAGUUACGUAUCUGGAAAAUAUAAGUUGAAACAAU